AUGCAGGAAUCGAUCAUUGGCGGAGAUACAUUCAUCGCCGUGACUAGCGUCCCCUUCACCGUGGUUCCUCGAUGCUUUCUCAAAUCAUCCUUGCUGACGAGCACUUUGAGGGAGUUGAGAACGCGAGUUGAGAACGCUGAGAAGAACUCCUGUCUCGUCCAUAUUAUACACAUUCUCCGGGAGAAAGGCCGGAUCGGCCAGCUUUCGGCCAAUGAUGGCAAACCAGUGUCGGACUUUGUCUCUUUGAUCUGCCGGCCAUCUCGCUUCCAAUCGAUCGCUCGCAGUCGUCGUUCUUUAACUGCGGGCGUCGUCGGUAAAAACCCCGCGGUCAAUUCUUUCCCGGAGGUCGGACUUUAA